GAAGAUUCAGACUCUGACCGUAUAGGUGAUGAAUGUGACAACAACCAGGACAUAGAUGAAGACGGUCAUCAAAAUAACCUUGAUAACUGCCCCUAUGUGCCCAAUGCUAAUCAAGCUGACCAUGACAAGGAUGGAAAAGGCGAUGCCUGUGACCAUGAUGACGACAAUGAUGGCAUCCCUGAUGACAAGGAUAACUGCAGACUGGUUGCCAACCCAGAUCAAGCUGAUUCUGAUGGUGAUGGACGUGGAGAUGCUUGCAAAGAUGACUUUGACCAAGAUAGUGUGCCAGACAUUGAUGACAUCUGCCCUGAAAAUGUGGACAUUAGUGAGACUGAUUUCCGACGAUUCCAGAUGAUUCCCCUGGAUCCCAAGGGAACAUCCCAAAAUGAUCCCAACUGGGUGGUUCGUCACCAGGGCAAAGAACUGGUUCAGACAGUCAACUGUGAUCCUGGACUUGCAGUGGGUAAGAUGAAUGUUUUAAAUCUUGCAGGCAUUGUACCACUA